AUGCCGAAUGGGUCCCACCAGAGCCCGCGCUGGCGCCAGUUUGGGGGGGCCGCGGUGGGGGCGGGGCUGGCGUUGCUCACCUGCGGCCCCCACACCCUGCACUCGCUGGGCACCGUGCUGGGCACCUGGGCCAUCCUCACCUUCCUGCCCAGGUACUCUGGGGGUGCCAGCCUGGCCUGGGCCUUUGGGUACCUGCUGUUCUUCCGCACCCCCUGGGUCUGGGGGCUGCCCGAGCCCCCCCCCUACGCCAAUGCCCUGCAGCUCCUCAUCACCCUCAAGAUGGUCAGCAUGGCCAGUGACACGCAGGAGCUGCGGGAGGCGGGGCUAAAACAGGUGACGUCAGAGGAGACGCGGCUGAUGAUUGGCUCCCUGCGGCACGUGCCGAGUUUGAUUGACAUCCUGUGCUACAGCUACUGCUACCUGGGGCUGCUGACAGGUCCCUUCUACCGCCUGGGCACCUACCUGGACUGGGUGUGGGGCCCCCCCGCGCCCCCCGCCCUGUCUCGGGUGCUGUCCCACGUGCGCUGGGCUCCCAUACUGGGCGUACUGGGAGUACUGGUGGGCCAGGCGUGGCCGGCGCAGGCCGUGCUGCAGCCCGAGUUCCUGGCCCGGCCGUGGCUGGCCCGGCUGGCACACAUGGUGCCCGUGUUCCUGGCCCUGCGCCUGCGCCUCUACGUGGGCUGGCUCUGCGCCGAGGGCGGCUGCGUGGCCGCGGGGCUGGGGGCGUACCCCAAAACGGCCCGGGCCAAACCGGGACAGGGGCCCACGGUGGCCUGGGAGCGCCCCAAGAGGUACCAGUGGGAUUUCGAGUCCGCCCACCCCAUGGGGCACAGAGUGGGGGGUUCCUGCAUCACCUGGGUGUCACCUGAAGGUGUCACCUGCGUGUCCCUAUGUCUCACCUGUGCCAGGUGUGCUGACCUGCCCCCAGAGCAGUGGGAUUUCGAGUCCAUCCGCACGGUGGAUCCCUGGGGCACGGAGGUCGGGCGCCGUUUCCGGGGGGGGCUGCGGCGCUGGAACAUGACGGUGCAGUGGUGGCUGGCGGCGUAUGUGCACCGCAGGGGACCCCGCCAGUACCCCCUGCUCAG